AUUAAUUGUGUGUAUAAAGAAAAUUAAACUAAAAAAUUUAACUGAAAUUGCAUUAGAAAUAAUAAGUAUUUGUUAGAACAAUGUAAACUUAGAGACAUUGUGAAAGAGACAUAAUCAAAAUAAUUUGUAUUUUUGGAUAGAAAAACGCGGAUUGAUGGCUUUUUCACAACCAAAUUCAAGAGAAUUGCAAAAUCGAAAAAUCUUAGAAGAAUUACAGUUAAAGAAACAAAUGCUAUUAAAGCAGGGUGUUGCACCAACCUUAAAUACAUCAUUAGCUGUUACUUCUACUGGUUCUGCGUCUACUCUGCCUAAUACGCAAUCUACUGAUGGCGUAGCAAUGAGUGCAUCACAAAGAGCUGCUUUACAUAAUGCACAUGCAGCAUCUACGGGUUACUUUGUUACACAAGACUCUUCUUUUGGCAAUUUAAUUUUACCUGUUCUUCCAAGAUUUGACACUAAAUGAAUGCAACCCUUUUGGGUUCUUCGUAAGCUCGAGGAAUAUCUACAGGAGAUCGAUGGAUUUGAGAAACCAAAGAUAAAACUUGAACAAUAUAAUACAAGUGCACAUAUCGCUUCGCAUAUGUUAUAUACUGCCCAGUCUCAAUUUCAUGAUAUAGAAGGACGUGUCGUAGCCGAUUUUGGAUGUGGCUGUGGUGUUUUAUCAUUAGGAGCUCAAAUGCUUGGUGCAAGUCAUGUAAUAGGAUUUGAAAUAGAUUCCGAUGCACUUAACAUCUUUCACAGAAAUUGUACUGAUUUAGAUUUAUUUGUUGAAUCGAUACAAUGUGAUAUACUUCAAUAUUUACCAGGAAAAUUUGAAAAAUACUUUGAUACGGUGAUCAUGAAUCCACCUUUUGGAACUAAAAAAAAUUCAGGAACUGAUAUUAAAUUUUUAGAAGUUGCUAUUAAAGCAGCUUCUAAUACUGUGUAUUCUUUACAUAAAACCAGUACGAGAAAUUACGUUCUUUCCAAAGCUAAACAACUUGGUGCAAAAGGAAAAGUCAUUGCUGAAUUAAGAUAUGAUUUACCUCGUAUAUAUAAAUUUCAUAAAAAAGAUUCUGUUGAUAUUCAAGUAGAUUUUAUACGAUUUGAAUUAAAUUCUUGAGUAUUUGUCAAUUUA